AACUGGGCACAGCUGCUCCAGAACCUGUACUUUACCGCGCAAGUCGUAUCGGGGUAUCCUAGGCACUGAGGCAAUAAAGAGCCAGGACGGCAAUGGACGACGGGUCUUGCCGAUAUGUCGAUGGCGUCUGGAUCCACAACUUGUUUCAAGAAGAGAAAGUUCGUUCAGCAAUGCGAUACAAACCUCGACGUGGUGACGUCAUACUCGUAACUUACCCGAAGUGUGGCACCAACUGGACGCAGUUCAUCGUUUGGAACAUUCUGACCAAAGCGGAGAGCCUCGCUAGCCCUGCUGAAUUCAACCUUAUGUGUCCUUUCAUCGAGCUGACCGGAGCUGAAGCGGCCGAGAACCCGUUGAGGCGAGGGGGUAUCACCACUCACUUGCCCCUAGCAGCUUUUAAACCUGUGGAAUGGGCGAAGUACAUCUACGUCACUAGAAACCCAUACGACUGCGCUGUCUCCUACUACCACUUCUCCAAAGGGCUCACACCCAAGACGUUCACCGAUGUUUCUUUUGAGAAGUUUCUUUCCCUCUUCCUAACCGGCAAGGUCAUCUAUGGUGACUACUUUGACCAUCUCCUGCCAUGGUACGAACGCCGAUACGAUAAGAACAUCCUCCUCAUCACUUACGAGCAACUGAAAGUAGACACCAGGGCAGAAGUUCUAAGGAUCGCGGAUUUUCUGGGAGAAGAACAUGGAACAGCACUGCGUGAAGACGAAGCUCUCUUCCACAAAAUUAUGAGUGCCUGCAGUUUUGAAAACAUGAAGGCCUUUUUCACGGACAAGCCAAUGGAGAGGGUGAAGAAUGCGUUGGAAACAGCUUCAAUAGAGCUUGAAAAGCCUCAAUUGACUAACACGUUUCCAGCAAAAGGUGUCGAGCUGCAUGAAGGACCUGGGUAUGUUCGGAAAGGAAUCGUCGGUGACUGGAAGAACUAUUUCACCGCGGAGCAGAUUCAGCAGACGAAGGAUUGGAUCACGAAGAAGAGUCACGGAAGUGACGUCAUGAGCCUCUGGAAAAACUGUGAUUUGCCGUGAUGACGAUGUCUCAAAAUUAGGCUCUCAUCUAAGGCGAAAGCCCAUAUGGCUAUGCAACACAAAACAUACUUGUGUAAUUAAACGGAAAUUUUUUGACGCCUUUUUCAUAUUACUACACAAAAACAGCCUUUACUGAAGUAAUUAAGGAUAUUGCUAUUGACAUCGUUUGCUUUCCGCAUCUUAUUCUGCUUAUGCUGAUGUUUGCAAAGGUUCCUUUCCGGACCGCGAAAUCGAAGAACAAACAUCCGUUUUUUUUUAUGUACAAAAGCCCAUUUGUUCACAUCCGUCCUCUUUUGGUAAUGUAUUUACUCACCUACUCUUUAGCAGCAAAGACCGAUUGUUGUAUUUAAAGGCUGUUAGUAUUUCAUACUAGUCGCUUGCUGUUCAAACGUACCCGCUCAUACGAAAACAUGCAAAUAUCUC